AUGCUUGUUUCUAAGCAAAACAGAAAGGUUAUCUACGAAGCUCUCUUCAAGGAUGGUGCCCUCGUUGCUCCUAAGGAUUACAACCUUCCCAAGCAUCCUGAUCUCGAUGUUCCCAACCUCGAAGUUAUCAAGAUUAUGCAAUCUUUGACCUCUAAGGGUUGUGUCAAGACUCAAUUCUCUUGGCAAUGGUACUACUAUACCCUUACUGAUGAGGGUAUCGAUUACCUCCGUGAAUAUCUUCACUUGCCCCAAGAAAUUGUUCCUGCUACUUUGAAGAAGACUGCUCGUCCCGCCGCUCCUCGUCGUUUCGGUGGUGAAGGUCGUGAAAACCGUGGUCCCCGUGGUGACCGUGGUGACUACCGUCGUAAGGAAGGCGCUGAUGGUGAUUUCAAGCCUGAAUUCCGUGGUGGUCUUGGUAAGUUGCGCAACUUCAUUCCUUAUCUAGCAUUUAGUUAA